AUAUUAGACUAAAAAGUGGGUGAAGGAAGUUGACUGCAUAUUUCUGCUCCUACAUUUCUCUCCUUCGUUUGUCUUCCCUAAAAAUGGAGACAGUUGAUUCCACUCGAGCAUUUGUGAAGAACGUGAAACGAGUGAUUGUCAAGGUUGGGACUGCAGUUGUGACUCGAGCUGAUGGAAGAUUAGCACUUGGAAGAUUAGGAGCGCUAUGUGAGCAGCUUCAGGAUCUUAAUUCACAAGGGUAUGAAGUUAUUUUGGUGACUUCAGGUGCUGUAGGUGUUGGUCGUCAGCGGCUUAGAUAUAGGAAGUUGCUCAAUAGCAGUUUUCUUGAUCUUCAAAAGCCACAAACUGAGCUUGAUGGCAAGGCAUGUGCUGCUGUGGGCCAGAAUGGCCUCAUGGCUCUGUAUGAUUCUUUGUUCAGUCAGUUGGAUGUGACAUCAGCUCAGCUUCUGGUAACUGAUAAUGACUUUAGAGAUCCAGAUUUUAGGAGACAACUCAAUGACACAGUAAAUUCAUUGCUUUCUCUAAAAGUUAUACCUAUAUUCAAUGAGAAUGACGCUAUCAGUACGCGGAGAGCUCCUUAUGAGGACUCUUCUGGAAUAUUUUGGGAUAAUGACAGUCUGGCAGCUCUUCUAGCUUUGGAAUUAAAAGCUGAUCUUCUAGUUCUGUUGAGUGAUGUAGAGGGUCUUUACAGUGGUCCUCCCCGUGAUCCAGAUUCAAAGUUGAUUCACACAUAUAUUAAGGAGACACAUGAGAGAGUGAUUACUUUUGGAGACAAGUCCAGGGUGGGAAGAGGAGGCAUGACUGCCAAAGUAAAAGCUGCUAUGUAUGCUGCUUAUGCUGGCAUUCCUGUUGUCAUAACCAGUGGCUUUGCGACAGAUAACAUCAUUAAAGUGCUGCAUGGGGAACGUAUCGGCACCCUCUUUCAUUGUGAUGCCAAUAAAUGGGCCUCAAUUGGAGAGAUUGAUGCUCGUGAGAUGGCAGUUGCUGCAAGGGAGUGUUCCAGACGGCUUCAGGCACUGUCUUCCCAAGAAAGGAGUAAAAUAUUGCAGGAUAUAGCUGAUGCACUGGAAGCAAAUGAAAAGGCAAUCCUCGCUGAGAAUGAAGCUGAUGUGGUUGCUGCUCAACAGGCCGGAUAUGAGAAGUCUUUGAUAUCUCGGCUGGCUUUAAAGCCAGGAAAAAUUUCUAGUCUUGCAAACUCAGUUCGUGUGCUUGCUAAGAUGGAUGAGCCCCUUGGUCGCACUUUAAAAAGAACGGAGGUUGCUGAUGGAUUCAUCUUGGAGAAAUCAUCAGCUCCGUUAGGCGUUCUAUUGAUUAUUUUUGAGUCACGACCCGAUGCACUUGUACAGAUAGCUUCUCUAGCAGUCCGAAGUGGGAAUGGACUCUUGUUGAAAGGAGGAAAGGAGGCCAAAAGAUCAAACGCCAUCUUACACAAGGUGAUUACCUCAGCCAUUCCUGUAAGUGUAGGUGAAAGGCUUAUUGGACUAGUGACUUCUAGAGAAGAGAUCCCUGAAUUGCUUAAGCAUGAUGAUGUGAUUGAUCUUGUUAUCCCAAGAGGUAGCAAUAAACUUGUUUCUCAAAUCAAGGCAUCAACAAAAAUUCCUGUUCUAGGCCAUGCUGAUGGAAUUUGCCAUGUUUAUGUUGACAAGUCUGCUGACAUGGAUAUGGCAAAGCGCAUUAUUGUGGAUGCAAAAACCGAUUAUCCUGCAGCCUGUAAUGCGAUGGAAACACUUCUUGUGCAUAAGGAUUUGGCACAAAAUGGAGGUCUUAAUGAUCUGAGUGUGGAACUUCAAACAAAAGGGGUUUCUUUAUAUGGUGGACCCAAAGCAAGCUCCCUGCUCAAGAUUCCAGAGGCACGCACAUUUCAUCACGAAUAUAGUUCACUAGCUUGCACUGUGGAAGUUGUUGAAGAUGUAUAUGCUGCGAUAGAUCAUAUACAUCAGCAUGGAAGUGCCCACACCGAUAGCAUCAUUACCGAAGAUCAGGAAGUUGCUGAAGUUUUUUUACGUCAGGUUGACAGUGCUGCUGUAUUUCACAAUGCAAGUACAAGAUUUAGUGAUGGAUUCCGCUUUGGACUUGGUGCAGAGGUGGGCAUUAGUACUGGUCGUAUUCAUGCUCGUGGCCCAGUUGGAGUUGAAGGAUUGCUAACAACUAAAUGGCUUGCAAGGGGAAGUGGACAAAUUGUUGAUGGUGAUAAAUCAAUUGUGUACAGUCACAAAGACCUUACUCAGCAAGGGUGAUUGUCCAGUUGUGUAUUUAGGAAGAUUUUGUAUGGUGCUAUUGGAUGGUGGGUAAAGCAGGUUUGGUGCUUACCCAAAGAUUUUCUGUAUGUUCCAGCCAUGGAGAUAGAUUGACUUGUGAUCAUUUGCAUACACAGGCCAAACACUCUUAAUAUUAUUCUGUAUUAUUUAACAUAGUUAUGUUGUUACAUAGGUUUUAACUUGCAGCCUAAUUUGUCCAAUUAUAAUAAUAUCGAAAUGUGUAUUUCAAAUAAUUAAAAAGACGUUUCAU